CCGAAGGGGGACGUGCCGCAGCCCGGAGGGAAUCGGAGUCUCAGGUGGCGAUCGGCUCCCUCUCGCUCACCAUUCUUAGCGCCUCCAACUUGCCCAAGAUGGACGUGAUUAGGAAGAGCGACCCCUACUGCGUCGCCUACGUGGACGGGGAGGUGCGGCAGGAAAUCUUCAUGACCGAGACCGUCUCCUCGUGCCUGGACCCUACUUGGAACGCCAACUUCAAGUGGGCCCUGUACCCAGAUGUGACAUGCGUCACCAUCGCUGUGUGGGAUCGAGACAACGUGACAGCAGACGAUCUGAUUGGAACAGCUUUCAUCGACAUCCUUGACUUGGCCCCUGAUGAGACCAGCCGGGAGCUGGAGCUCUCAUUGGAGAACCCACGUCUGAGGAGAAGGCUGAUCAAGUCCAGGAUCUUAGUGAGGAUAGAUGUGGUCAGCGACAAGCCGGGGAGGGAGAACCCGUCAGAAGAAAUGGGUGAUUGAAGGAUGGCGGUCACUGGGCCCUAAGUUCACUCCUCAGAACAAUGCUGUUAUCGCGCUCCGUGAUCAUUCAUCCAUCAUUAUAUCUCAGUCCUCUCAAGUCAGCAAUCGAAGCAAAAAUUUAUUAUGGAACCAUUGAGCGAGGGAAAACAUUCACGAGAUGAGGAGGAGAGUUACAAGAUCGUGUCUCAGUCGGAGUUCACGAUUGAAUGGAUAGAGGCCUUCUCGUUGCAAGGGCCUGCCUGCGCUGCGAUGCAAGAAGUCAGAGGCUGGUCGAAAAACCGCUCAUUCCUUACAUCUGCCAAUGAAUCCUUGCUGCAGCCUG